AUGUGGCUCUACUCGACCUUUGAGGACUCUCACGGCACGAUGACAGCCUCUCCCGCUCUGUCUCCUUACGAUGACGCCCUCUGCAAGCAGCAGAUCAUGGCCGACCUUAAUGAGGCCGGACACCAGGGGAGGAUCUACCCUAUCCGACCCCUCGCGCACCCGGACCGCAUCUUAAUCGGCUCGCUCAACAACGCUGUACGCGAUGUGGCCCUCUCCGGCGGUUUGCGCUUCGGUUCGACUCCCAAGUACGAGUAUGACAAGUUCACUUCCGCAUCGACGAGCUGCCACUGCCUAGGGACCCUGAACUACCACCAGGCAUGUAAGCUACUGUUGAAACUGCCGAGCCUGUUCAUCAAGCUGGAGGACGGGACGCCUGUGGCCUGGGCGUUUUUGGCUGUGGAUGGCUCAUUGUGUAGCGUUCACUGCGAGGAGCCCUUCCGCCGUAGAGGCCUUGCCAAGACUGUGAGCGCGAAGCUCCUCCACACUAAGACGAGUUCAUUCGGCAACGACAACUUCGCCGCGGCAGAUGUGGCGCCGGAUAACACAAGCAGCCAGGAAAUGUGUAAGAGUCUAAACGGCAGCGUGCACUGGGCAGGGUCAUGGUAG